AAUGAAUUCAGACACAGGAAAAACUCACGGUCAAUUGGUACUCCUUCUGCCGAAGGCGAGUUGCACAAUCAUAGACAGUUUCGAAUUGCCUCGGAGCAGGACAUUGGCAGCGCCGAAAGCGAGUUCUGGUGCAUGUGGUAUAAUCACAAUUCGCCCAUGAACUCCAGUUGCACCAUUCUCCUGGAAAGUUUGGCACCCGACAAGACUCGAAUAACGCCUGGUACUUCCAAUUAUCACGCUUUUUGUAACACUCAGGUUCCCACGUCCCGGCCACAACGCGUUGAUCGAUUGGACACGGAGGUUUAA